AUGACGAUUGAUGGAUUCGCCAAAACGAUGAACACGCCGGAUGGAGCUGUAUUCCAUCGGGCCUAUGCACAGGAUGACAGAGGACUUGAAAACGAAGCUAUGACCAUUAUCCUUGCAAGUGCUGAUGGAAAAGAAUUAUUUCUUGAGAAAGAUUACUUCUUCGGCAACCAUCUGGACUCGAGGACUGCACCAGCAGUCUUGAUAUAUGCAAAUGAAGGGAGAGGGUUUGUUGACUCGCGAGAUUCCAAUGGGAAAAUUGAUACACUUGAAGUAGGGCCAGAUUCUGGUAAUGGUCUGAGAAUCCUCGUUUUGGACGAAGGGCGGGAUACAUUCAUUCACCAGGAUGUGCAGAUGAGGCGUUUCUUUCAAGUAUGGAAGGACCGGACGUUCGAAGAGGUAUCCAAGAACUGA